CACCACUCUCUUCCGCCAUACCAGAAAUUAGAUUACAUCAAAUAUUGCUACACAUUCCAAUCUCACCAUUUUCCUGACCGUUAAUUAUAAGAAACGUCAUGGCAACACAUGAUGCAACCGAGGGAAAAACCUAAAAUUCCUAUCGAUUUUUUUUUUUAUCUGGAAAUUCUUCCAUGGCCCUCCUCUGCAAUCUGCAGCCACUCGCAGCUGCAUUUCAUAUACGACACAAUAAAUUGCAAAUAGCUCGCCAUCAUUUAUAUCCCCGUUUCAAUCAAGAAAAAUCCCAAUUUUCCGCUUGUCCGGGAUUCCAUUAUAUCCUACCAGUAAAAUCAGCUUCACUUAAUGGAUACCCCAUUAACAAAGAAGACGAUUGCGGCCUUCCAUUGAUCGAUAGUGAGAGAAUAGAGUUGAGCGAGAAGCUGAAGAAAUGGGUUCAGUUUGUGAGAGAAAUCUUGCCCGGUGGAAACUGGUGGAGGCUCUCAUCAGAAGGCGUUGAUAAUGUCAUUUCGGCAAAGCCCGUGACAGUUUUGCGGGCCCUUAGAAAAAUGUGGGAGAUGAUUGCCCACGAUAGAUGGGUUGUAUUUACUGCGUUUGCUUCACUCAUUGUCACUGCGGUUUCCGAGAUAGCAAUCCCUCAUUAUCUGACUGCAUCAAUCUUCUCUGCGCAAAGUAGUACAAUCACCCACUUUCACAAGAACGUGCGCCUCUUGGUUAUACUGUGUAUCACUGCUGGAAUAUGCAGUGGUAUCCGAGGUUGCUUGUUUGGCAUUGCAAAUAUGAUCCUCGUCAAGCGACUGCGGGAAAGAUUGUACUCAACUCUUCUUCUUCAGGAUAUUUCCUUUUUUGACUCAGAAACAGUUGGUGAUUUGACGAGUAGGCUGGGUUCAGAUUGUCAACAAGUCUCUCGUGUGAUUGGAAACGAUCUAAACCUGAUAUUGCGCAAUGUGCUUCAGGGUUCAGGUGCUCUGGUUUACCUUCUCAUUCUUUCAUUGCCACUUGGACUAUGUGUACUCACAAUUUGCAUCUCCCUCUCAAGCAUUAUGCUAAUAUAUGGCCAGUAUCAAAAGAAAUCUGCUAGGUUAAUUCAGGAGUUCACUGCAUCUGCCAAUGAAGUAGCGGAAGAGACAUUCUCUUUGAUGAGAACUGUACGGGUUUAUGGGACAGAGCAACAAGAACUUGAAAGGUAUCAGCAAUGGCUAGAAAGAUUAGCUAGCAUAAGCUUGCGACAAAGUGCUGCAUAUGGAUUUUGGAACUUCAGCUUCAACACUCUAUAUCACUCAACACAGGUUAUUGCUGUGCUGAUAGGAGGAAUUUCUAUUCUGAGUGGAAAUAUAACAGCCGAGCAGCUUACUAAGUUCAUUUUGUACAGUGAAUGGCUAAUCUAUUCAACAUGGUGGGUUGGGGAUAAUUUAUCAUCAUUGAUGCAGUCAAUUGGAGCAAGUGAAAAAGUCUUUCACCUUAUUGAUCAUCCACCCAGUCACCAGUUUACUGCAAAAGGGUCAAAGUUGCAUAAGUUGAUGGGACAAGUUGAAUUUGUGGAUGUAUCCUUUCACUAUCCUUCCAGAACUGAGGUGGAGGUGAAGGUGGAGGUAGAGGAUCUGAAGCAUUGAGUUUGGGCAAGUGAAGCCGAUGAUUCUCUUUCAAUUAACAAAAUGAGAAGUGAGGGAAUCGAACAAUGACCAAUUUAUUGUAGAAAUUUGCGGAUCAAUGAUUAGACCACGCAAACUAGAAAGACUUUCUUGGAACAGAAGGGAAUAUGUAUGGUCUUCCGAAGGAGUUAGUUGCUUUGUUGUUCAUUGGAUUGAUGUCUGAUAGCCUUUCCCCAACCUUUGUCAUGUGUAGCUACGAAAUAUGUGUUGUGCUUUCCUUCACCUAAGAAAGAAGGCUAGGUUUAAAAGGUGCUGUCAAGUAGCUCGACCAACAUGGUGCAUGCUUUGAUAUUGCUCUUUAAUUUGUGCUUUGGUGAAGAAAUCAACCACUUCCAGCUCCGAGGGCAUAUAGCGAACAACAAUUGUUUUGUGAUGACAGUGAGACCAGGUGCCUGUUCUCCAGCAUUUCAAUAUAGCUGUUCAUCCUGGAGAAGUAGUCGCCAUUGUGGGUCUUAGUGGUAGUGGGAAAAGCACCUUAGUCAACCUUUUGCUCCGUCUUUAUGAGCCAACAAACGGCGAGAUACUGAUUGACGGCCACCCAAUGAGAGAACUGAACAUCCAGUGGUUACGAGAAAGGAUUGGAUAUGUUGGACAGNNNCCCCCACUCUUUCGAAUGGAUGUCAGUUCGAACAUAAAAUACGGUUGUCCUCGAGAUGUUAGUCAGCAGGAUAUUGAAUGGGCUGCAAAACAAGCUGUUGCACAUGAAUUUGUCUCAUCCCUGCCACAUGGCUACCAAACACUGGUUGAUGACGAUUUGCUCAGUGGAGGUCAAAAGCAGAGGAUCGCAAUCGCAAGGGCUAUUCUUAGAGACCCUACCAUUUUGAUACUUGAUGAAGCCACGAGUGCUUUAGAUGUAGAGAGCGAACAUAAUGUCAAGGGUGUGCUUGGUGCUGUGAAAAGCGAUUUUGUAACCAAGAGGACAGUCUUCGUAAUUGCACAUAGGCUUUCAACAGUUCAAACUGCAGACAGAAUAAUAGUGAUGGAUGGUGGCAAAAUCAUUGAGAUGGGCAACCACAUGGAGCUCCUGGGGAAGGACGGGCUAUAUGCACGUUUGAUCAAAAGACAGUCAGAUGCUGUUGUCUGAUUUUCUCCCAGCAAUAUAUGUCCAUCACAGCAUCUCAACUUGAUUGCAAAACUGCAAGUGCUUCCAUCAUGGAUAUGAUAUUGACUGUGGGUGUAUGGUUUUGCUAACGAGUUAGAUCAUAGUAUGUACAUAUAUGCACACAUUGGUAAAAUUUAAGGCAAGUGUAGUGGUGUCAAAUGUAUUUGUAUAUGAUAUGACGUUCAACAUGUUGUAGACAGCUUGGUUUGAAUGUUUUGCUAGGUUGUAGUCGAGUGAUUAAUGACCUAUACUUGACCCCCGAGCAAUGUAUAUUGGGUUGUUUUUAUGUUCAAUUUAUUUUUAUAUCAGAUAUAAUUGUGUUUUGCUUUGGAUCUGAGAUUAUCUCAGUUAAUAGUUACCUAAUAAAACCAUCGAGCUUUCACAAAAUACUGAUAUUAAGCACGAUGGCCAUGCAUGGAAUUGUUCCCACACCAGUUACUG